AUGGCUUUGAUGCGCCUCCUCGUGGUUUUCAUGCACAGAAACUUCGAUGGUCUGGAAAGUGGAAAUAUAACCAGAAACAGAAAGGCAGAAACUUCACGCAGUCAAGACCGUCGAAGUUCAGCUCUUGAAGUCGAAGUCGAGCUCCACCACACAACCCUCCAAAACAGCAUCGCCCUCAAUGGCUUUGUGACUGCACUGCGAAUUGAGGAUUUGGGGUUCUGCCGUAGGAUAUUGGAUAGCAGUAAUGGAGAUGUGGCUAUUGAUCAAUAUCAUCGUUACAAGGAAGAUGUUGGAAUUAUGAAGGAGAUGGGUGCAGAUGCAUACAGGUAUUUGGACCCCUUGACAAAUGGUGACUAUCCCUAUAGCAUGCGAUCUCUCGUUGGAAAGCGAUUGCCCAAGUUCACGAAAGAGCAAUCCAAGUUGGUAAAAGGGUCAUUUGACUUCAUCGGAUUAAACUACUAUACUUCCAAUUAUGCAGCCUACGCACCUGACCUUAAUUCUGGAAAUCCAAGCUACUUUACAGAUUCUCUUGUUAAUCUCACCGCUGAGCGCAAUGGGAUCCCCAUUGGUCCACAGGCUGCAUCAAGCUGGCUCUAUGUUUAUCCUAGAGGACUUCGGGAUCUUUUGCUUUAUGUCAAGGAGAAGUACCAUAAUCCGCUAAUCUAUAUUACCGAGAACGGAAUUGAUGAGUCCAAUAACGCCACCUUGUCUCUUGAGGAAGCCCUCAUCGACAAACCCAGAAUUGAAUAUUACUAUGGCCAUCUUUUUUAUCUUCGUAGGGCUAUCAUGUAA